AUGGGAGACUUUGAAGUCAAAUCGACUGAGGCCUACUCAACUGGUAAAGAUCGAUGGGUGAAAAUACUCAGCCCAAGGCGGCGCAUCCUGCUGCAGAUUACCUGGGUUAUAGUUGAAGGGCCCAUCUUCACCACGGGCUUGGAGGGCGCGAGCAUCCUCAACCAUCUUGGUGUUGAGGAGGUCGAGAUGUUCAUGUGGGAUCACGUCUUCCACGACGACGAGGCCAUCUAA